UUAACGCGGUCGUCGUGAAUGAACGCCGACCUCGACCGGGUGGCUGGCGUCCAUUGAUAGGACGCUCGGUCCACAAGAACAGCACCGCGUUCCUUGCACGGGGGCGGCUGCACUUCGCCGGCCGUCUCGGACGCCUUUCAGUCGAGGAUGUGGCGCGACAAGCGCGACGACACACAUCACGUUCAAAAUCUGUGUUCAUUUAUCAGUAGACAUUCGUGACCGGUUCAGUGAUUACUGUGCUUUUUUAAUUCCUAUAUAUAAUGAUCUGUGAUCACGUCAAUUUUCUUAGAACUGUAAGUAAAUAAGUUAGUUAAGCACGUGCGUCCGGUAGGGGCGGUUCGUAGUGAAAGUCUGUGCCGGUGUGCGAGUGUGGUGUGGUUUGGUGUGCGGGGAUGCGAUCGUGCGAUGCUCUCGGUGAUUGCGAUGCGUCGGCCCGAGGACGAGGAGCUGGGCGGUCGCGGAGACGGCGAAGAGUUUGUGGAUUACACACAGAUGCAACUGCUCGUGGAGGCAGGCCCGAGCGGCCUGCAUUACGGUGGGCCCGCACCUCCGCUGGCUCAACCGCAGCCUUACAUACAAGGACCUCCAACUACAGCCACUACUACCUCAACUUCCGCCUCUGUAGACGAUCUAUUUGCGCUUUAUUUUACACCAACCACCCAUGGCGAGAAUCAAUUAGAUUUCUUUUUUACAGGUACUUUACCAGGCGAUGAGUUACUGGGGUGCUCCCCUCGUCGUCACAAGCACGAAGCGUCUUUGUCACCGGGAGCGAGGGCUGAGGACGCUAGCAAUGCCUCUAGUGCUAGCGCCUCUCUAUACGGACCGCCGAUGGGCGGCAAAAGAGCUCCCUCACCACCACUACAAUGGUUGCUACCAUCUGGACCCGGUCCCGGCAGCGUCGAUAAAUACUUCCAACAAGAAUACGAGGAACGCGUCGAGCUUCUACCGCCCGAAUGUCAGCCUUCUUACUGUACAGCACCGCAGCAAUGCCAGCCGCAGCACUGCGACUACAGACCCCAACCUCCACCACAACCCCAACACUCGUGGGAGACGCAGGAGUACGCGAGCGUGCCGCAGCCAACACCGGGUCCCUCCGGAGUCCCCAAAAGAGAACCCUAUCCAAACACGACAGGCGACAGACCCGUGCAACUAGCAGAAUACAACCCGUCCACGAGCAAAGGCCAUGAGAUAUUAUCUCAAGUGUAUCAACAGAGCGCUCAACCAUUGCGUCUAGUCGCCGUCAAACCUCGCAAGUAUCCCAACCGUCCGAGUAAAACACCCGUACAUGAAAGGCCCUAUGCCUGUCCAGUGGACGAGUGUGAUCGCAGGUUUUCGAGAUCAGACGAGCUGACAAGGCACAUACGCAUACACACAGGACAAAAACCGUUCCAGUGUCGUAUCUGCAUGCGCUCGUUCAGUCGAUCGGAUCAUUUGACGACACAUGUCAGAACUCACACAGGGGAGAAGCCGUUUGCGUGCGACGUGUGCGGUCGUAAGUUCGCGAGGUCUGAUGAGAAGAAGCGUCACGCGAAGGUUCACCUUAAGCAGCGUCUCAAACGCGAGCGGGGCAGUGGACCGGCUCACCCACACGCGCCGCUCUAGCCCGAUCAUCCUUCGUCAUCCGAUGUUCCGGAUGACUGAACUGUUAAUUACUUUCACGUUGAAGUUAUUAAAUAAUUUCAUCGCAUAGGUGUAAAAGAAAUUGUCUUUAACGAAGCUUUAUUAACUCUAUAUUUGUAAAUUCACUGUAAUUUACAUAUAAAUAUAUAUAUCUAUAUAUAUAUAUAUAUAUACAUACCUAUAUAUAUCUUUUUAUACGUAUUUGUAAUGACUAAGCUAGGGACGGUCGGUUUGGUGUAUUUAUUUUAAUGAGAUAGAAUAAUUGAAUGAACUAGACUGGGAUCAAAUAUAGAUAUGAAUCAGUGUGGCCUAAAGAGUCGAAAGCGACGGAAGAUUUCGUGGCUGCGUCUCCCGAUCUACUCGGCGUAGAGCUAACACAUAUCUUUCUGUCUGACUAUCUUUUAGCUUAUUGUUACAGAUAUUUCUCUGGUAGUUAUCGAACGAGAGGUCAAGUUCGUGUAUGUGAAUAAGAAGGUGAUCGUUGAGAAGUGAUAUAUAAUAGGCCUAUUCGCAAAAAAAAAUCAGUUCAGAUCUUGUUUGCCACACUUUAAUAUAGGUUAUACAAAUAUCGAAAGUAGAUAGGUGUUGUUUACUAUUAAAAUAUUUUCUAUUGAUGUUAAAUUACAAAGUGGCAAACAUUAUCCGACUACUUCUUGCGUAUAUUAGUAGAAAUGUAAUAUAUAUGUAAUAUUCUUAUACUUGACAAACUAACGUGAAAUUGUGCCAUUCGUUUAACUUUACCACGUGCCACGGCAAUUUGUUUAAUUCUAAGUGUAACACGACUGCUGAUUAAGUGAUAAUUAUUAUUAUAAAUAUUUUAUUUCGUUUUUAAUAUUUCUAGUCGAAAAUAUGGGUGUGAGAAUGUCCAAUAUCGUAUGUUCUCGUACAUGAAGCAUUAUAUUUUAUCACCCCUCAGCUGGUUUUCGACAAACGCUAUCAUGUUCUCUUGCUCAAACGUUUAUUUAACAAAAUUUUGCUCAAUUCUCUUCUCUAUGUUUUCAAUUUACUAUCGGUACAUGCUUCAAUUAACAUUUUCCGAUCUAACUCUUAUACUUGCACUAGUUACAUCAUUUAAUCACUUCUUUUGUUCACCCAGUAGCAUAUGUUUUUACGUUUUUACAAUUAGACUAAUUUAGUGAAGGUAGUUGUAGGAUUUAAAUUAUGAUCUCUUAAUCAUUAUUAAUUAUUUGCGAGUAUAGUGAAAGCCCAUUAUUUAUAAUACUCAUAAGUUUCUUUGUAGAUAACAUUUCCAAUUUACUAGAUUCUGUACAAAUGCUUUCUUUCAGUUAAAAUGAUUACAUAGUGCAACUCGUCAACUUCAUGGGAAACAAAUAUUUCAUGGACUUUACACAACAGGUCAGGUUUACUCAUUUACUGUGUAAACGAGUAGUUUCUAAAGCACAAACUUAAUUAAAAUGUUUAUAUAAAUAUACUGUAAAACUUAUUACGAAAUGCCUUUGACUUAAAAACGUGGUUGUUUGUUAGUUCAGAAGGACUUGUUGAUUAAAUUGUUAAUGUUAUUAUGCUAAAUGUAAUAGUAGAAAUCAAUCAUAUAUCAUGUGCAAAAGUGACGUUGCAGUCACAAAGGGUGACAAAAGUUUAACAGGGUGGCUCUUGAGACAAGGAAGGACAUUAUGAAUUUAGGAUAUCUGACAAUAAUAUUACUAACUCUUGCGCCUAAAUAAUUCUAACCGUAGGGCAUACCAUCUUCUAAUUUUCCGAUUUUAUUAUGAGUUUCAUAAUGGAGGUAAAAAUUACGUCACCCUUCAAAGCAUCACCUUGUUAAAGUAAGGGACAUGCCUGUUGUAUUUUUAUUAUUGUAGACGAGACGUGGUCUCAUAGCAAGGCUAGCGUAGAUAGGUUUUAUUAAAGUGUAUUCAUGUUAGUCAAACGAGUGACAAUUGAAACUGAGAAGACUAAAUUCUUACACAUUUACGUAAUGUUGCAUCGCGUUGUCUUUAUUGAUAUACGAUUUAGGCUACAUGUUAUAUCUUGCUCCGCUGUCUGAGAAGUUGCUAGAACUGUCUCCAGAUAAGCGGCUGCAAGGAUUUAAAUUGUUGACCUCUGUUAUUACAAAUCUGUUGCGUAAAUCCAUCGUAAAAUAAAAUUUAUGUUACUAUCUAAGGGUUAGUGUUUUAAGGAUUACUUCAUGGUGUUCACUUGUAUGUGAACUAACGAAUUUUCUGUAUAAUUAUAAAUUAAUAUUACGUAUUUCACCUUGACGAAGGAUGUUGUUUAUGUUCUAAUUUUAAAUAGUUAUAAGCGUCAUUUUAGGUAUUGUUAAAUCUCACUAAUUUUUACUAAAUUCUAUUUAAUAUAUUUGUAAAUACACUCUGACUAAAUUUGAAUUUAAUGUGUAUAUAAGAAAGAAGAAAAUUUUUAUUUAAUAUGAAAAAUCACCUAAGGUGCAAAAAUACAAACUGUUGAAAACUUUAAA